AUGGAAAUGACGAAUAAAGUUGACCCAGCACAGCCUGGAACUCCUGUUAUUGUUGUAGCUAAUCCAUCCGCAUACAAUGAGUCCGAGAAGGAUAAUCAUGAUUUCAGCUUCGAUAUUCAGGAAGACGAAACUCUUGCUCUAAAAAUAAUGCAUGUGAACAAUGCUAUUAAUAAAAUUGGCUUUACUUCAUAUCAAUUGAAACUCUUCUUUCUUAAUGGUUUUGGGUAUGCAGUUGAUUCGUUGCUUAUUCUUCUUAAUGCCUUGACACAACCUCAAGUCGCUCUACAAUAUAAACCGAUUGUUAGCAAAGCACAAACGAUGUCUGUUGGAGUUGGUCUAUUAAUUGGAGCACUGUUCUGGGGUGCAGGAGCUGAUAUUAUCGGUCGUAAAUAUGCUUUCAAUAUUACAUUGUUCUGGUGUGCAAUCUUUGGUAUUGUAGCUGGAGCAUCACCUAACUACGCUGCUGUCUGUGUGUUCAUUGGACUUAUGGCUUUUGGAGGUGGUGGAAAUCUCAUCCUCGAUACAGCUGUUUACUUAGAAUUUUUGCCUGGUAAAUAUCAAUGGUCUCUCACAUUUAUGGCUGCUUGGUGGGGUGUUGGACAUAUGGUAGCUGGUUUAGUAGCCUGGCCUUUUCUAGCUAAAUAUUCUUGUACGAAAGAUGAUAUUUGUACGGAUGCGAACAAUUCUGGAUGGCGCUAUACAUUUUAUACUCUUGGAUCAUUUGUUUUUGUUCUAUCACUUCUUCGAGUGUUUAUCAUUCGGUUGAAAGAGUCUCCCAAAUGGCUUCUCUCGCAAAAUCGAGAUGCAGAAGUAGUGAAAAUCAUUCAAGAAAUUGCACUAGCAGCGGGUAAAGAAUGUCCACUUACACUUGAACAACUUGAAUCGAUUGGACCAAUUGUUCAAUCCAAUAAUUUAAAGAAGUAUAAUCCAAUGAUUGUUUUGAAUCAUAUCAAAGGUCUCUUUCCAAAUCGAAAGAUGGGUUAUUCAACUUUUCUUAAUAUUGCUUCAUGGACUCUGAUUGGUCUUGCUUAUCCACUUUAUACCGUCUUUUUGCCUUACUACUUACAAUCUCGAGGAGCUAACAUGGGUGAUGGUUCUGUAUACACAACUUAUCGUGAUUAUGCCAUUAUCAACGUUUGUAGUGUUUUUGGUCCAAUGAUAGCUGGUGGUUUGGUAGAAGUUCGCUUUCUCGGUCGUCGAUACACUAUGGUAAUUGGAGCCCUUCUCACAAUGACUUUUCUUUUUGCAUUCACGGCAGUUCGUACAGCCGCUCAAAGUUUAGCUUUCAAUUGCAUCAUCAGUGUCUGUCUGAAUAUCUACUAUGGCACUUUAUAUGCAUAUACUCCAGAAGUACUUCCAUCAGCCCAUCGAGGUACAGGCACCGCCAUAACAGUAGCAUGUAACAGAGUGAUGAACAUUGUAGCGGCUUUGAUAGGAACAUAUGCUGAUUUGACAACAAGCGUGCCUAUUUAUGUAUGUGCUGCUGCCUUUGCUGGAUUAGCAUUGCUUAGCUUCUUGUUUCCAUUUGAACCACAUGGAAGAACAAGUACUUGA